AUGGGGAACCACAGCAGUGUGCAAGAGUUCAUCCUCCUGGGAUUCCCUGGCACGUGGUACUUCCACUUCUCCCUCAGUGUGGUGUUUUCUCUGAUGUAUGGCCUGACGGUCAUAGGGAAUGUGUCCAUCAUAGCCUUGGUGUGGACCACCGGACGUCUCCACACCCCCAUGUACUACUUCCUCUGCAAUCUAUCCUUCCUGGAGAUCUGGUACACCACAGCCUGUGUCACUAAAGCUGUGGGUGUCCUCUUGGGGAACAGCCAAACCAUCUCUUUCACUGUCUGCAUCUUGCAAUUGUUCCUUAUUUUCUCCCUGGGCUCCACAGAGUGUUUUCUACUAGCGGUUAUGGCCUAUGACCGCUACCUGGCUAUCUGCCACCUCCUGCACUAUAGCUCCCUCAUGAGCAACACCUUCUGUAUACAGCUGGCCUUUGCCGCGUGGCUGAGUGCUUUUCUGGGUAUCUCUGUGCUAGAAUUCUCUGAAAUUCUCUUGAGCCUCAAAUCUCAAGGGCUCUUCAACAAGAAGGCAAAUAUAAAACAACCUCCCUCCUGCAACUGCUUGGAGCUCCGUUUCAUCAACAAGGUGGAUUGUGUGGCUGGGGUCAUCAUGGGGAACCACAGCAGUGUGCAAGAGUUCAUCCUCCUGGGAUUCCCUGGCACGUGGUACUUCCGCUUCUCCCUCAGUGUGGUGUUUUCUGUGAUGUAUGCCCUGACGGUCAUAGGGAAUGUGUCCAUCAUAGCCUUGGUGUGGACCACCGCACGUCUCCACACCCCCAUGUACUACUUCCUCUGCAAUCUAUCCUUCCUGGAGAUCUGGUACACCACAACCUGUGUCCCCAAAGCCAUGGGCGUCCUCUUGGGAAACAGCCAAACCAUCUCUUUUACUGUUUGCAUCUUGCAAUUGUUCCUUAUUUUCUCCCUGGGCUCCACAGAGUGUUUUCUUCUGGCUGUUAUGGCCUAUGACCGCUACUUGGCUAUCUGCCACCCCCUGCGCUAUAGCUCCCUCAUGAGCAACACCUUCUGUACUCAGCUGGCCUUUGCCGCAUGGCUGAGUGGUUUUCUGGGUAUCUCUUUGAUGGUAUUCCUAAUAUCCAGGCUGUCUUUCUGUGGCCCUAACAUCAUCAAUCACUUUUUUUGUGACAUGGAUUCCUUGAUAGCUCUGUCCUGCACUGACACUAGUCUUGUUGAGUUGGCAGAAUUCUUUGUGUCAAUUAUUGUUGUCGUGGCCUCAUGUGCUGUAACCUUGAUCUCCUACAUCUACAUAAUCUCAACCAUAUUGAAAAUACGGUCAACCCAAGGCCGGCAAAAGGCCUUUUCCACUUGCUCUGCCCAUCUCACCGUUGUGACUAUUUGGUUUGGUUCCACCAUUUUUCUGUAUGUCAAGCCUUCUGCACCAAAUUCACUGGACAUGAACAAACUCAUCAACAGUUUUAAUACUAUAAUAACUCCACUGCUAAACCCUUUCAUUUACACUCUAAGGAACAAAGAAGUGAAGCGAGCCUUGAGCAAGAUGUGGAUCCUGUGGCUGGGGUAG